UUCUGUCUAACUGUUGGUCUGUUUCUGUCCCCCUGAAACAGGACCGGAGGUGCAGCGGCAGUUCCCUGAAGACUACUCUGAUCAGGAAACUCUCCUCACUGUGCCAAAGUUCUGCUUCCCCUUCAGCAUGGACAGCCUGACAAUCAACCAUGUCGGACAGAAUUUCACAUUCGUUUUGACGGACAUUGAGAGCAAACAAAGAUUUGGUUUCUGUCGGCUCUCCUCAGGAGCUCACACCUGCUACUGCAUUCUCAGCUACCUGCCCUGGUUUGAGGUUUUCUACAAGCUGCUGAACAUCCUGGCUGACUGCUCAGUCAAAGGCCAGGACAGCCAGUGGCAGGAGCUGCUGGUCUCACUACAUACGCUCCCCAUCCCUGAGCCUGGAGUCCCCGUCCACCUGGGCGAGCAUUCCUUCUUCACUGUGCCUGACAUCACGGAGCUCCCUAGCAUCCCUGAGAAUAGAAACCUAACAGAGUACUUUGUAGCAGUAGAUGUGAAUAACAUGCUUCACCUGUACGCUAGUAUGCUUUAUGAACGUCGAAUCCUCAUCUGCUGUAGCAAGCUGAGCACUCUGACCGCCUGUGUGCAUGGUUCUGCUGCCUUGUUGUACCCGAUGCACUGGCAGCAUGUUUACAUUCCUGUGCUUCCUCAGCAUCUGUUGGACUACUGCUGCGCCCCAAUGCCUUUCCUCAUAGGAGUUCAUUCCAGCCUGAUGGAGAAAGUUCAAGGGAUGGCUUUGGAUGACGUGGUGCUCUUGAACGUUGACACCAACACCCUGGAAUCCCCCUAUGAUGACCUUCAAAGCCUUCCCAAUGACGUGGUUUCAUCCUUAAAGAGUCGUCUAAAGAAGGUUUCAACGACAACAGGUGACGGUGUGGCUCGAGCCUUCCUGAAGAGUCAGGCGUCUCUGUUUGGCAGCUACAGGAACGCCCUGCAGAUCGAAGUGGGGGAGCCAAUCACGUUCAGUGAGGAGACGUUCAUCAGCCAUCGAUCCAGUGCCAUGAGACAGUUUCUCCAGAAUGCCAUCCAGCUGCAGCUGUUCAAACAGUUUAUUGAUGGCCGCUUGGACCUGCUCAACUCAGGGGAGGGUUUCAAUGACAUCUUUGAGGAGGAGAUUAACAUGGGGGAGUACGCAGGUGAGCCACCAGUGGAGCCUAACAGAGCUGGGCUUUACUCACUGUUUCCUCCGCCACUAUGGGAGGGGGGG